CAGUUCCAUAUCUUUUUUCAAAAUUGUGGAGCAGGUGCAUAAUCAAGAGAGAGAACGAAAUCAUCGAGUAGCCCCUUCUUGUCAAACCGCCACAUGAGCACGGUAGCUUUAUUAGCUUAAACCUCACUGGUCUCAGAGUGGAUAAAGCUUGAAAGCGUCGAACUUAAACCUCGCGUCCUGCGCUUUAUUCAAAGGAAGUGCAGCAGAUGGCUACUAUACUGCACGCGACGCCUUUUCUGGAUUCGCGUUUUUCCCCUAAAUGUUUCACUCCCCACCCUGCUAAGAUUGAUUUAUUUCAGCAAAGGCUCAGAAUUCCUCGCCAUAUAUUUCCGCAAACAAAGAAUGCUGGUAGAAUUAUGAAGAGGGUCCUAGCUUCUGCAGCGGUGUCCGCUGAAAAAUCAAAAUCUUCUGUGCAGGAAAUCCCUAGUUCAGAGUUGGAGCCGGUGGAUCCUGACUUUUAUGCAAUUGGUCUUAGCAAACAUGUCAGUAUUUUUGGAGUAGAAUUCAAGGAGGGACCUGAUGGUAUUGGAUUGUAUGCUGUGAGAGAUUUACCACAUCUUCGCAAGCCCAGGGUGAUUCUCGAGGUUCCAAUGGAACUUAUGCUUACAGUGAGCAAGAAACUUCCAUGGAUGUUUUAUCCAAAUACUGUACCAAUUGGGCAUCCUAUAUUUGAUAUUAUCAACUCCACAAAUCCUGAGGCUGACUGGGACUUAAGAUUGGCUUGUCUUCUUUUGCUGGCUUUUGAUACCAAGGAUAGUUUCUGGCAGUUUUAUGGUGAUUUUUUACCUAGUGUUGAGGACAGCACGAGUUUACUGCUAGCUACAGAGGAGGAACUAAUUGAACUACAAGACCAAAAUCUGGCUCGCAAUAUUAAACAUCAGCAAGAACGUGUAAGAAAUUUCUGGAAGAAAAACUGGCAUGCAGAUGUUCCAUGGAAAGUGAAACGUUUGGCUCAUGAUCCUGAAAGAUUUCUUUGGGCAGUAAGCAUUGCCCAAUCACGUUGCAUUAAUAUGACCAUGACGAUUGGUGCCAAAGUGCAGGAGUCCAACAUGCUAAUUCCAUAUGCUGAUAUGAUUAACCAUUCAUUUCAACCAAAAUGUUCAUUUCGAUGGCGUAAGAAGGAUCGAAUGUUAGAGGUUCUCAUUAAUGCUGGGCAGUCCAUAAAAGCAGGGGAAGAGAUGACUAUUAGCUAUAUGGAGAAUUGCCCAAAUGAUAGACUUAUGGCACAAUAUGGGUUUUCAUUGCCUGUGAAUCCUUGGGAAUCAAUAGAAUUUUCGGGGAGAGCAAAGAUACAUCUGGAUUCAUUCCUAUCAGCAUUUUCUAUUGCGGGUUUGAUGGAUGAAUUAUAUCACAAUGAUGCAUUAUCUGAUGAAGAUGAUAAUUUUGCUGAUGGAGCUGUAAUAGCAGCAGCAAGAACCUUACCAACUUGGUCUGAAGGGGACUUGCCUUUCCUUCCAAGCAUGGAAAAGAAAUCUAUUGACGAGCUUCAAGAGGAAUGCUGGAAAUUGUUGGGAAUGUUUCCAACUACAGUUGCUGAGGAUAUCAAGAAGCUAGAAGCUGAAUUGAAUGAUAGGAGCAAAAUCUAUGGAAGUGCAUUGAAAUUUGUUCUGUACUGUCACAACCAUAACAAUUGAACAAGCAGCGAUCUUGGUAUUACAGAGUCCAGAGUUUUAACUUGUCAGAAAACAGAAACUUGGGAAAUGUAGAUUUAUUGUGCAGAUCUACUGGAUAAUUGCCCAAGGCAGGGCUGACAUUUACAGGAUUAGCUCCGAUGGACCGUGGAAUUUUAUCGUCACGUUGUUGUAAACCUUUAUUUUUGAAUUAAGAUACCAUUAUCUAUUUUGGAAAAGAUGCAGAUUGUAAAUUCUGUUUCCUGAUGAUACAUUUUUUCUUUAUAUAAAAAAUUUCUCCUUAAAUACAAAUGGCAAAUGUAUUUUACUCAUAUGAGAGACCUUUUUGGGAUAGGACUUUCAAUUUGUUUAGGACUUAUGUUACCUAUUAUCUAUCCAAAUUUUGAGUUGGAUGUACUGGCAAUCAUGCUCUGCUUUAUAGUUUUGGUAUAUUUGAAG